AUGCUGGCGACCGGUAGAAUUAAUGGCAGGAAUUCGAUACCUAUAAAAAAUGGAAUUGAUGAUGACGCCUUCAUUCUACUUCAGGAUGAAAAUUUGAAGGAGUUGAUUCCCAAUAUGGGACGGAGGUUAAAAUUCAAGAAAAAAUUGGACGAUUACUUAUUACUUUCGAAAGAAAAUAUUAAUUGUUACACUCUUGAUGUUGACGGAAGCAUAAAUACAUCAAACGCUUCAACGUCUACGCUCACCAUAGAAACAUUAGGGUGUCUUCCUAUAGAUAUUGAGCCAAUUCCUAUAGAUAUUGAGCCAAAUAUAGAAAGAGAUGAUUUUUUAGUGCCAGAAGCACCAAUAAAAAGACAAAAAUUGGAGGUCUCUCUAUUUGAAAAAGGUUUGCUGCAGUAUUUAGAAACUUUUCCAGAUGGAAAAAUCAUUUUGAGGAAUAAAAACAAAUUGAACGAGUAUUUCCGCUCUAAGUUAUGUAAAGUAAUAAUAGAUCAUCUCUUCUCAAAAUAUCCCUCUUACAAGAUUCCCCAGUUCGAAUUUGUGAGAGCAGCACAAGAAAUUGAAAACACAUUCCCCAGUGAAAAUGCAAACAUUUAUUUCAGGCCUUAUCGACCUAAAACAGAUGUAUCUCCCAGACAUCAGUGUGGAGGAAAGUUGUGGGCAAAAUAUAGCAAUUUGAAAAAAAUUUAUAAUUACUUGGAUAAAUCCAAAACAGUGCCCAGUGAUUCUUCAGAAGAUGACAACAACAUCCAAGAGGAAAUUUCACUUCACUUCAUCAAUAAUCAUUGUUCUCCCUUUGAUGAGGUUAUUUCCCAUUGGGACCUAUCAUUCAACAAACGUCGCAAAUUACUGAAGGAGUUAGAACUCCACGAAUAUUAUUCAUUUUUUCCGGCCUUGAAGUUACCUGAUGGUCAUUCCCUAUUAUUGAGAGAUUUUGAGAGAAUGUUCACAAACAAAAAUAAUAAUUUAAUCUGUAAAUGGCCAGAAGUACAAAAAGCAAUACUGCAAUUAGCACAGGAGAAGGGUGUUCUGCAGGAGGAAAGCAUAUUCAAUGAAGUGGUUGCGCUACUAACCCUGCCUCUUCUUUUUGCACCAACUACAGUGCGAGAUGGAAAGAAAUCUUGGAGACCCUCUAAAUUAGAAGUCUGUAAAAGUUUCAUUAUUCACAUCAAUAGUACUUCCAACUUACAUUCUACAAUUGAACGAAGUCGUCAAGACGCUGCUAAGAAAAAAAUCACUCUCCAACCGUUCAUCAUAUUUGCUGGUGAUGAGAAAAAUCCAGAGGGUAUGCUGAGUUAUAUAUCUAUUGACAACAAUGUCUACUUGAUUGAGAGUUGUUUGAAGGCUGUUGAUGUGACCUUCAAAAUAUUUUUUGCAUUGGAUGCCAGAUAUCCACCAGAAUCAAGUCACAUCUGGACAUACAUCCAGAGGACCAGUUUUCCAAGUGUUAAACUUCUUGUUAAACAUAUGAAAGUUAUACAUGCAUUGGCGAAUCAGGAUGAAUAUAAAUGUGCUGAAAAUGGUUGUGAUCGAUUUUUUCUAUCAGUAAAUUCGUUCAAAAAACAUCUAAACAGUCAUGAGAAUACUAGGAAAACAUCGCUCAAAACCGAUUUCACAAGUGAAAACAUAGAUGUUACACCAGAACAUUCUAAGAAUCAUGUAGACACAACUACACAACGAUACUUUGAAACAGAUAGACCUGCGAGCGAUUUUGAGGUACUUUCAAAUAUCCCCGAGUCAGAUGAGAGUUCUGAUGAAUUAGAACGAUUUCGUGAACUGAUAUCUAAUAGGGCAAAUGUUUUAAUUUGUCGGUUAUAUGGGCAGUUAUCCAUGCCUAGAAAGGAAGUUCAGAAUAUAAUUGAGGAUUUCCAAGAUUGUUUCAUGAUACCAUUGCACACUUUAAAGAACAAGAUCUCAUUGAGUGAAUUCAAAUCUGAUUCUGAAAAGAAAAAUAUUUUACAGAUGUUCGAGGAGUUAGAUAAUAUAUUUUUGAAUUUGAAUUCUGAAUAUCGUCGAAUGAAUCAUUUAGAAAAUACAGGAUACUAUAUCAAACCUGAACAAAUCACAAUUGGACAACAUUUAGUACUCAACUCCAGAGGAAUUUUGAAACCUACAGAAUUGUCAUAUCAGUUCAUAUCACUGAAAAAAACACUGAAAAUGCUGUUCCAGAUGAAAGAUGUCUUCAAAAUUUGCAUUGAAAACAUCCGAGAAUUACAAGAAGACAAACACACUGUCACCAAUUUAACUCAAGCUGAAUUGUGGAAAACUAAAAUAGAACAUACGAAGGAGCUCAUAUUUCCUUUAUUGAUAUAUUGUGAUGAUUUCGAAGUUGGAAAUCCCCUUGGAGCUCAUUCAGGAAUUCAUAAAUUGGGUGCAGUUUACUAUACUAUACCAGUUAUUCCACUAUCUCAUAGCUCUCAAUUAAGUAGGCUGGCCGGUAGUAUGAACGUCCAAAUUCGUGUACGACGUCGGACAAUCCCCGUAGAACGGUUCACCGUUGGCCGUCACCAUGUCCAUCACCUGCAGCACCAUGGUGCCCCCCGCGGUCUCCGUUUUUUCCCUGAUUUUCCUCUCGCCGAUCGUGUCUAUUCGACCCCUCGAACUGUACUGAUGCGAAAUACGCGCCGCGCGAUACUUCAACUGCGUCACGUGAGCUGUGCCGACCGCCGUAUUCUGCGCUACGUCUCAAACUGGAAGCGCAACGGCGAUUGUUUCGUCGCGGCCUCCUACUCCGCGCGUCGCGUCUUUGUUAGCGGUCGGAGGGGAAGUAGAGAGAGGGGAUAG